CCUGCUUUCCCAAAGCGAGAUUGUCGUAGCCCGAGUGUGAGAUCGUGCGAUCGCUGUGAUCAGAAUGGCUGUGAAGGGAUAUUCUUCGCAGCUGCCUCCCUCUUGGUCUGAUGGACGGGGUGAGAGGGUAAAACGUCACAGUCAGUCUUCUCAUUCCUCUUGCAGAGCUCCCACUGCCUUCCCUCCGCUACUCUGCUCACCUGUCUCCACUGUCCCACCUCCUCUAGCAUUCCCUGCAAAUUCUUUCUAAUCUUAACAUCUUUACCCCUCCUACCCCUCUCUCCCUUGGACCCUUUGAAGAAUCUCCUCA